AAUAGCGGUUUAUUCAUCAAGCUGAACGAACACAUGGCAGGCCUUGAUUGGUAAGACUUUUUCCCAACGUUUCCAAUAAAAAAUGUGGUGGAUAAUAUUAUAGCCGUUAGAACCCCUUUGUUGUCACUCAUCAUUCUCUGUUUUCGAGAAACCCAAAGAAAAAUAUCACACUCACUGUUUUCUCAUUCUUCAACCCUAUUUCACAAUAAUCCCAAUUUUAUUUUUCACUUUACAAAUAAUCCCGUUGUAAAAUCUCACAGAAAAAAAAUGAAGGGAGUGAAAGGAAAAUUGUUGAAGAAGCUCAAAUCAGUCAAACAGGUCAAUUAUCUAAUGCCAGAUCGAAUUCUUCAGGUAAAAUCCAUUGAUGGGUAUGCAGAUUUUCUCCCUAAGAUUUCAUCUUUCAAUAUACCAAACCCAUUUGUUUCUCGAGAAAAUGAGUCGAAGAAAAGUUGCGAGAAUUUGCAGGAAGAACAACCACAACCAGAAAUUAUUGAUGUAUCAGAGCUUAUGAAAGAUCUUGAAGAAAACGAAGAACAAAUGGAUUUGGAUGAUGAUGAUUACAAUGAUAAUAAAGAGAAUAUUAGUCACAAAGGUGUUGUUUCGGUUUCGAAGAUUGGUAACAGAGAGGAAACAGAGUCGAAACAGGGUGAAGUUUUGAGAGAAAAAAGACCACCUUUGUUACCAAGAGCUAAUACUGAUAGAAAAAGGAAAAGCCCUCUUUCUGAAAGUGAUAGUUUGUCGUUCCGAAGACCGGAGUUGUAUUCCGGUAGCUUAUUUGAUCCGAAACUACUCGCUGCGUUCGAGGAAGCUGUGAAGGAACAGAGGAAAAACAGAGUUGAAGAAGAGUUUUCAAAGGAAGAUAAAAUUUGUUUUUUUGAUGAAGAUGAGGAAGUUGACCCUUUAACAUUGUUUGAAGAGAAGUGUCCACCAGGUGGUGAUGGCACUGUGAUUUUCUACACAACUUCACUUAGAGGAAUCAGAAAGACUUUCGAAGACUGCCAAAAAAUUCGGUUUCUUUUACAAAGUUUCAAGGUUUUGUAUCUUGAGAGGGAUAUAUCAAUGCACAAGGAGUAUAAGGAUGAAUUGUGGAGUCUUUUGGGUGAGAAAGUUGUGCCUCCAAGGCUUUUUGUUAAGGGAAGGUAUAUAGGUGCAACGGAAGAAGUUUUGAGUUUGCAUGAACAAGGAAAGUUGAAGAAAAUUCUUGAAGGGGUUCCAAUUGAUUGUUCCAAUGGACCUUGUGAUGCUUGUGGUGGUUUAAGGUUUGUGAUGUGUUUUAAGUGUAAUGGUAGCCAUAAGAUUAUGGCAGAAAAGGAAAAGAUUGAUGAGUGUUUGUUGUGUAAUGAGAAUGGAUUGAUGGUGUGUCCUUAUUGUGGCUAGAUGGAGAAUUUUGUUCAUACUCAUUUGUUUAAUUUGAGAGCUGUUCUUAACAACGAUGGUAAUUUGACGGGUUCUCUCAUGGAUGAGAAUCUCCAUGGAGAUGGCAUACAUAUCUAACUGUUUUUUCCUCUUGGAAAUAAUCCUCAAAUCGUCUUUGCAACUCCAGUUCCAUGUCCAUUAUCUCCGGGGUUUCCUGUUUAUUGUUUUCUACACAAGCAAAGAGUUGGUUAUGUUCUUCAAUCAUUUGUGACAGUUUCUUCACCAGUGUGAUUGGAUUAUGAAGGAUGGAUUCGCCCGCCUGACCACUGGCUGCUGAAGGAGCUGGUGAUCAUUGACUGGAACGAGAAUCAGUGAUGGUGUUGUGGUCGUUAUGUCCAACAUUUGUGGAAGAGGACGAACAAAGGUGCUCGUGAUAUAUCUUUACGGCUAUGGUACACAUAGGUCAGGGUGUUGUUACACCAACAAACACUCCAACCUCAAGUUAGUUUUUGAGUGAAAGGUUUAAUAGAAUAGAAUGUGUACAUUUCUUCUAGUGCAACGGUCCUUUUAAAGGUAGGAUUUAAGGAAAAAUAGGUCAUAAACUCGUCGAGGUUGUAGAGGAAUUGGCAAUGUGAUCGAUGGAUCACCCUCUGAUCUUCAUCAUGCGGCGAUUGUUGCCUUCGUAGUAGAGUCCAUUAUGAAUUGAGUCCGAACCCAGUCCG